AGAAACCGAGACCAUGGAUGCCCGAUGGCUUGACUACCCUGCCUCUGGAGACUUGCCAGAUGAUGAAGACAUUGGUGAAUUUGGGCCUCACUUAACUUCUGAUGGGUUAGAUAUAGAUGAGGCAUCUGGGUCUGGAGACUACCCAGACUCUGAAGAUGCCAUAUAUCUGACCACCAUGGAUACUCCUGCGAUAUCUGACAACUAUAUCCCUGGAGAUACUGAGAGAAAGAUAGAAGGUGAGAAGAAAAACACAAUGGUGGACAAUGAAAUCAUUCCAGACAAAGCUGUACCUGUUGAAGAGAACCUGUCCAACAAGAUCUCCAUGGCUAGCACAGCCAACAGCAGCAUCUUUGAAAGAACAGAAGUCCUUACAGCUCUCAUUGCAGGAGGGGCAGUGGGUCUCCUGUUCGCUGUCUUCCUGAUCCUGCUCUUAGUCUAUCGCAUGAAGAAAAAGGACGAAGGCAGUUACGACCUUGGGAAGAAACCGAUCUACAAGAAAGCCCCUACAAAUGAGUUCUAUGCUUAGAGCUCAGCAGCACCUUCUGCCCAUCAAGGGACAAACGGACUGUAUGGAAACACUGUGCCCUCAGAUGAGAUGUGCUGAACAAAUGCUCUUUUUGGAUUGAAUUUCAAAGCGACUUCGAGAAAAAACAAACUUCCUACAUGACCCUUCCCAUCCUGCUCAGCUAACAGGGGCCCAAUGAAAUACAAAGAGUCUGAAAAA